GGAAGCGAAACUACAUAACAAAUGACUGAUACAACUUCGURUCUGGUAAGGAAGGAUGGAAAACGACUGGCAAAAUACGUUAUCUGGCGUAAAAGAUCGUAUUCUUUAUGCUUUUGAGAACUCGAAGUUUAGUGAUGUGGAGUUUUCUGUGGAUGGAGAACAAGCAACUAUUCCAGCUCACAAGUACAUGUUAGCCAUCAACAGUCCCGUAUUCGAGGCUAUGUUCUAUGGCUCGUUAGCAGAAACUACACGAGUAAUAMACAUUCCAGAAUGCACUCGAGAAGGACUACAGGAAAUGCUUCGAUAUGUCUACACCGACGAAGCAACCAUAACAGCAAAUAAUGUCAUGGAACUACUGUAUCUCUCUAGGAAAUACAGCAUGUCAGUCCUAGAAAAGAAGUGCAACGAUUUCAUUUUUGAUCAUGUCAACGCAGAAGAUGUUUUCCUUGUCCUUCCGCAAGUCCAGAAACUGCAAAACAAAAUCCUUGAAGACAGAUGUUGGGCUAUUAUCGACAAGGACACACGACAAGCGGUCAAAUCUCAAGCAUUUCUAGACAUACCUCGUGAGAUGCUAUGUCAGAUUCUUUCGAGAGACACUCUUGAAAUCAAGGAGCUUGAACUAUUCAAAGCGAUGGAUCGGUGGGUUUGUAAAAAGAUCAGGGAUCGAAGCCUAGAUGAAGAUGGUGAUACGAAACGAGAGAUUCUCGGUGAAGACAUAGUACGACUUAUACGAUUUCCCACAAUGACAAUGAAUGAUUUUAUAACACAUGUACUCGACUGUGAAAUCCUACAAAGAAGUGAGUUAACCGAAAUUCUCAAAAGAUUAAAGUCUCUGGAGCCGGCAACUACAGUAUUUAAUUCCACUCCAAGAUCAGGACCGCAUGAAAAACGCCAAGAGCAAAGACGGCGAAGAUUAAGCUCCAGUUCUAACCGAAACCGCCGAAGUCCAAGUCAUGUAUGGGCAGCAGCAGCAGCAGCAGCAGCAGUGUUCGGCCGCGACGAAAGUGACAGUGAUAAUGAGAGUCAAAGAAGAAGUCGAAGUCCAUUGUUAGCGUCACUGUUCAGUGACAGUGACAGUGAUAGUGACCGUCGAAGGAGAAGUCGAAGUCGAAGUUCAAGUCCAAGUCUUAGGCGCAGUCGCAGUCGCAGUCGCAGUCGCAGUCGAAGCUUGACUCCAAUAAGAAAUCGUCGUUUUCAAAGUUGUAGUCCUCGUCGCAGUGUGAAUAGAAAUAUAUACAGAAGAAGGCCAAGGAAUGAUCGAUAAAUCCAAGAACCUUAAGAAAAAAACUGAUCUUAGUUGCUUUAUUAGUUCAAGACGAGAGGAUUAGGGUGCUGAUGUUGUAAAGAUGCUUUUCUUUAGUUGUCAUGUAAUGUAUUUCCAUUUUUUGAAAAUGAAAAUAAAUGUUUUGAAUAAUGUUGUA